GAAAUCAAACACCAUCAAAUUCGUCUACAAGCUGCUCGCUACAAAUCACACAUUUUGAAAAGACCACAGAAAACGGUCCGGGCAGAAAGAGGAACAGUCCCUUUCCAAAGAAAAGGCGUGUGCGUCAGAGGGCGGUGCCGCCACGUGACCAGUGGCGGCCGCGGCGGCCUCCCUGCUGCCUCUCCCAAGAUGGCGGCCCCGACGGCGGAGGAGGGAAGGGAGGGGCGGUCCGGUGACGUCACGCGUGGGCUGAUCUCGUGCGGCGAGCGGGAAGAGGAGGAGGAGCAUAGUACGGAACCCGGCGAGGGACCGGAAGCUUCUUCUACCUCAGUCAUUCACGAAGCCCGGCGUGCGUGAAGGAGCUGCCCGGCGGUGCCUGUCAAGGGGGAAAAGGCGAGGCGGACGGACGGAGGCAGCCCCUCACCACCGCCAUGGCCGGCUACGAGUACGUGAGCACCGAGCAGCUGGCCGGCUUCGACGAGUACAAGUACAGCGCCGUGGACAGCAAUCCCCUUUCCCUGUAUGUUAUGCAUCCCUUCUGGAAUACAGUGGUUAAGAUUUUCCCUACGUGGCUGGCCCCAAAUUUGAUAACGUUUAGUGGCUUCCUGCUGCUUGUCUUCAACUUCUUCCUCAUGGCAUUCUUUGACCCUGACUUUUAUGCAUCUGCACCUGAUCAAGAGCAUGUUCCGAACAAAGUAUGGGUCAUAGUGGGUCUCCUAAAUUUCAUGGCUUACACACUAGAUGGCGUGGAUGGGAAGCAGGCUCGCCGCACCCAGUCCAGCACUCCGCUUGGGGAGCUUUUUGACCAUGGCCUCGACAGCUGGGCUUGCAUGUUCUUUGUGGUGACAGUAUACUCUACCUUUGGCCGGGGACCCAACGGUGUCAGUGUCUUCAUCCUCUACCUCCUCCUGUGGGUGGUCUUGUUCUCUUUCAUCCUCUCCCACUGGGAGAAGUACAAUACAGGGAUUCUCUUCCUGCCCUGGGGAUACGACAUCAGCCAGGUGACCAUUUCGAUAGUGUACAUCGUGACAUCCAUGGUGGGAGUGGAAGCCUGGUACAAUCCUUUCCUCUUCGAUUUCUUAUAUAGAGAUCUAUUCACUGCAAUGAUCAUUGGUUGUGCACUCACUGUGACAGUUCCCAUGAGUCUGUGCAAUUACUACAAAGCCUUCAGGAACAACACCCUGAAGCACCGCUCCUUCUACGAGGCGAUGCUGCCUUUCCUCUCGCCGGUUCUGCUCUUCAUCUUAUGCACCGUUUGGAUAUUCCAGUCCCCAUCGCAGAUCCUGGAGACCCACCCUCGCCUCUUCUACUUCAUGGUCGGGACAGCCUUUGCCAACAUUUCAUGUCGACUGAUUGUCUGCCAGAUGAGCAACACUCGAUGUCAGCCUCUCAACUGGAUGCUGGUCCCACUGGCCCUGGUCAUAUUCCUGGUGAUGUCGGAUGUGUUGCUAGAGAGCGAAACAUUUCUCCUCUACCUGCUCACCAUCUUCAUUACCUUGGCACACAUCCAUUACGGUGUCAGAGUGGUGAGCCAGCUGAGUCAGCACUUCAGCAUCCGCCCCUUCUCGCUACGGAAGCCCAGCUCAGAUUGACUAGACGUGGAGGACAAAGCAGCAGCAGCGGCAGAGGAGAAAGUCAGCCUACAGUCUUCAGAGGCAGUGUAAAUUCAGUAGCCUGUGUGUAAAUAUUCUUCAGCCAUCACCAUGGAACUAAAUUUGACCCACUUUGGAUGGUAACGGGCCCUGGCAGUGGCAGAGGACCCUUCUCUUUCCUGCCUCCUCCCCUACUGCCAUCACACCAACUCUCUCGCAGAUGUGCAGGCACUAAAGCCGUGUGGCAGAGAGGACGUCGCAGUCAUGAGCAUGUGCUAGGCGCCAGCAGCGUGCCCAAGGCAGGCUCCCAGACCAGGCAUGAGCCAUGCCACUCAGAAGCUUCGAGGAGACACCAAAAAACACUGGCUGCAGGGGCACUGGUGGUGGGAGCGGUGGCGGCAGCAGCUUUGGAGAAUUGCCACAAAACACAAGUGGGUUACGCUGAGAAUGUGGCCUGCAAAACUAUCCCUGUGAACCAAAGGAGGAAAAGGCAGCCUGCUCUGUAUCCUGAGUUGCAGUGGAUCCAGUCAUGCAAGAGGCUACUUGUGGAAAGGAAGAAUGUACUGUGUUUAAGGGGCUUGCUUGGUGGUGGUAAUCACAUGGUUAAAGCAUGACUAAAAUGUAGUUUAUGUUGUUCCCCCCACUUCACUCACUUCCUCCCUCACACGCACCCAGUUGUGGCAUGUGCAUGUUGAUGCAGCAGAUGAUGUGUACUGCAAGUGCUUUGGGAGGAAUUUUGCCUGCCAUGUUUGAGCAGCUCUGGAGAGCAAAGCUGAUCCACCUCUACUUAUACUGCAGAAUUGGAGUUGUGGCAAACAGCAGCGCGGCAGAAGAGCAGGAGGGAGGUCAUUUCCAAGAACUGUUAGUCAGGCUUAGUGUUUGUGCGCACAUCCUUUCAGAGCAGCACUGAUUCCCUGUAGGGGAAUUAAUUCAACUUUCUUUCAUUAAAAAACAAGAGUGAUGUUGAUUUCCAUGCCCAGUUUCAGAAGAUUCCUCUAACCAAGUGGCUUUUUCUUCUCUUUUAUUGUCCAGUUGGAAAUGUUGUGUCCAGCCAUCAUUAAUCCUGUUUCAGUCAAGUGGUGGCAAAAUUAGUGCUGAUUUUUCUCUUCUGUUUGUAGCUUUAUUUAAUGAAGAAACCUUUGUGUGUGUGUGCGUGUGUGUGUGUGCUUGUAUGAAGAGUGCAGCCUAAUCCCAACUUCCUUGGAACGGUCGCACCUGGAAGAAACGGAGCACAGCAUCGGAUGUUCGUCUGUAAUUAAGGGGGCUACACUUUCGGCUCAGUGGCUUGGAAUGAGAGAGGGAACCUCCACAUUGGCAUCUCCUUCUUGUGGAUCACACAUUCCAUUCUGUAGCAAGAGAGAAAAAAAUUGGGAAUUGUGAAAUUACUACUUAACUUCUCUUUCUGUAAACUUGAAUCAUUAUGACAACAAGCAAGAUGUAAGCCAGUGUAAAAUCCAGGAGUCAGUUCUUAGCUACUGUCUCCCUGCAUCUCUGUAAAUAGAUCCUUUCUUUUUCUUUUUUUAAUUCUCAAACUUUACUAUAAAUGCCAUUUCUGGUGUGUGAAUGAGCCAGGCAAGAGCUUAUCCUGAUCGCGAGUGAUGCACCUUUCUAAAAGCAGCAGGAAACAGGACUGACUUCUGGGCAUGGACUAUAAAACAAUUCUCUUUUUUGCUUAUUAAAUGAAUGUUUUCAUGCCUGUAAAUGAAUGAAUCUGAGAUGGUAGUUGGGGAGACUUUUCUCUCUUGAUUUUUUAUAAAUUAAAUGAUUUUGCACAGAACAGCCAGGUGUACAGAGGAAUUGAGACAUGCCUUGAAUACUUGACGCUGAAAGAUUUGGAAUGAAAUGCAGUAAUCAGUUGUAAAUUUAAGAAAUGGGGUACUAAGUUUGAUCCUCCUGGGGUCAUUUUCCAGUUCUGGAGGCAGCUGGUUCAGUAGGAGGGUCUUUUUUGUGUUUAACUAAUUAAUCAUUGUGGGAACAUGUGGUCCUCUGUUUCUCUUUCUUUGGAAGAAUAGCUUUUGUUUUAGAAGCAGGGAUUCUCAAAUUGACAGUACUGUUGACACAGGCCAGUGUGGCAUGAGAAGAUGAUGGCUUUUUACAGAAGCCAAAGCUCUUUCGACAGGAGAUGUAUGCAUCAUGUGCAUGCAUAUUACAAAACUAAUGAUGUGAUUCACUAAAUUGUCCUUUAGGAACUGCCUUGGAAAUAUCUGUGCUCCCGUUGUACAUUCCCAGAGGGAUGCCAGGCCAGCAUCCAGUUGACAAAGGAAACAGCAUUAACUUACUGAUGUGUUCCAAGACAAGACUGGCUUUUCUGUCUCUCAAAAGAAAUUUGAUUCUACUUUCCUAUCUAUCUAGGCUUCUUGAUAAGACACUUGGUGCCAAAAAGACUCACUUCAAUUUGAGGAAAAGAUCAGCUGUCAUUUUAGAGUGUUGUCCAAGUGAAAGGAGUAUAGCAUAGCAUCUUCAGAUUGAAAAGCAGGGAAAUGGGUUUAAUUUGUGCUGUUUUGUCGUAAUUUUAUUGCCACUUCAAGCUUGUUGCAAUUCAGUGGGAAUCAAAUGCACCAUUUAUUUAUUUAUUUGUCUGUGGUGUGUGGCGCAUCUUUGUGUGUGUGUGGUCAUCCCAAGUAUUCCUAAACUAAAGGUACUAUGUAUUGAAGAGGUGAAUGUCUGCACACUGCGGUUCACUCUCCAUAUUCAGCAGGCAUUUUUAAAAAUGAUUUGAGGAGUUGUUUCUAAAUCCAAUGUUACCUGGCUUCCUAGAUUCCCUCCAUGAGAAAAAGGGUCAUUUGAGGUGGAGGCAGUCAUUAACAGUUUCCUAAACCACAUGGGCUACCUUUGCAAACCUCUUUUGCUGUUUGAAAUUAGUACUCCUGGGCUUUUUUAUGUUCUGAGAGCAAAAUCUUUCACUAUUUGCCUUGAUUCACUACUGCCUUUGUCGCUGCAAAUAUACUGCUGGCUUGCUGACCCUUUAAGGCACACUUCAAAAAACAGUUCUUUAGAGAUGUACUUGGUAUUAUGUGGGCAAAGAAACUGAACAGAGCAGGAGCCUCACAAUGGUGCUCUGCAGUCCUGCAAGAGUCACACUGUGGUUGAAAGUGUUUGGUCUGCAAAGUGGCAUAUGCUGAGGGACAGUCGGCUUCUCCACCUGCGACAUCUCCUUGGUAGGCAAAGGAAGAGCUGAGUCCAGAAAGUCCUUUUGGCAGUGCAGAAAUACCUUCCAUCUUGCAGAUUUGAAUAAGAUGGACCAGAACUGGAUGUGAACAGCCUGGAAACUUGCAGAGAGCUGGCCUAGAACCCAGACUGCUUUUGGCUGGUGUCAACCAGUUGGCCAUGCUUUGAGGUUGCACUCAUUGGCUGUUCCUCACCUUGAUUUCAGAGUAGAGUGUGCAGGAUAAGAUUCUCCACAGAGCUUUAGAUCAACCUGAUGAUGUGGCUAGGAGCUGUGGGUGUGUAAUUCACAAGUAUGUGUGUCUGUGUGUUUUUGUUUUUUAAGUGCCAUUCUUCUAGGAAAAGUGUUCCUAGGAAGGAAAGUUAUUUCAUGACACUUUAGACUGGGGAUGGGGAAACAUCUGUGGCCCUCCAGUUGUGAUUGAACUCUGGUUCCCAUCAGCUCCACCAGUCAGGGCAGUGAUCUAGGAUGAUGGGAGUUGUAGGGCAGCAACAUCUGGAGGGCCACCACUAACUGAGCGCCCUGUUUGCGGUCUUCCCAUUCAGCAAUGGCUCCACCACCACCUGUGACUGGAGGCACAAGCUGGUCUGCCCUCUGCCACAGGCCCAUCAGGCAACACAGUCUUUCCAGCAUGGGCCAGGCCUUGGCCUUCCCCAUGUAGCAAAGGAGUGAGAUGGGCAACACCUGGAGCCACCUGGUACUAUUUUCCCUUGGCAGGGGCCACAGAUCUCACCCAUGUAGACAACACCAAGAGGUUCUAAUGUGGAAGAGUUAAGCUGCAAUGCAACAGCACACGUGUGAUCUCUCACAGGUUUUUUGUUUUAAAUAGCAUAAUGCCUUACCCUGGAAUGCAGGCAAGGUAAGUGCCCUUUCCAGAGUAGGUUGUGUCUGGGAGCAGGAAUGACCCAGGUGUGAAUUUUGGACCAAUUAGGCUUCCUUGUUUUCUGGUAUUUUUCUAGAAGCUAACUUUUAGGCUAUAAAGUACAAGAUGGGUGUGGAAUCAUCCAUUCUUUGGGGGGGGCACAUUUUAGGCAAGUAGCUUUGGUUGCUCCUGUUCUUGUCCCCCUCUAUGGGAGGGCAAACUUUUGAGUCCCUUGCAAGCAUUUGGACCUCUGCAGGGGUGCCCCUGGCUUCCUUGGUGCUCUCUGCCAGGAAGGACCUUCCCACUCUUGACCAGAGGGGUCUCUGACUGGUAUUCUGUGAAGCAUUGGGUCCACCAGACCUGGUCAAGAGCUGGAUGCGUCAAAGCAAACAGAUUAUACAGAUGAUGAUGAUUAGUGAAAGGAAAUUGCAAUAGGAAAACUGUACAUUUGUCACUGCAGGUCUCCCCACAACCCUGCAUUCUUCAUCAGGGUUCAUGUCUGUCUUGUACGUUGUAGGAGGUUGACAGUCUUGCAAUGGAUUUGAAUUCUAAUCCACGAAAUGCUAUUACUGGUAAAUAUUUAUUGUAUUUAAAAAAAACUUCAAAACCCUAUUAUGAAAUAAAAUGCCAAUAAAUUUUUUUCCAAACUUUGUAA